AUGGCCAACGCCGACGACCUGAGACCUCAGGUCAUGGGUGUUAUGAUCACCUUCUGGAUCCUCUCAUGGACAAUCGUCACAGUAACACAUGGUAUUGGUAGACACCGCAAGGAUAUCCCCAAGGAAGACCUACCGAUCGGUUUUGCUGCCUGGAUGUUCGCCGAAGUCUUCUACACUGCAUCAGCGUCUGUUUUGAAGGUCGCUGUCGGCCUUUUCCUAGAGCGUAUCACGCAAAACAAAGUGCACAUUCUGAUCAUCCGAAUCAUGAUGGCGGCUACCAUGUUGAUUGGUUCAAUUUAUUUCUUCGUAUGUGGUCAUGUACCAUUCUCCACACAAGACGUGCUAACCCGAGCANNGGUCGCUCUUUUCCAAUGCACCCCAAUCUCAUUCUACUGGGACUUCUCACCGAACGCCAAAGGGCACUGCAUUAGCCCAAUGGUCCUGGUCGUCAUUUCUUAUGUUGCAUCCGUUCUCAACGGAGCCGCCGAUUUCUUCUUCGGAAUCCUGCCUAUCUUCAUCGUCAAGGACCUCAACAUGAGGAGAAAUACCAAAAUCGUGGUUGCUGCUAUUCUUGGAUUUGCCGCUAUCGGAUCUCUUUCUACUCUGGUUCGCCUUCCUUACGUCAAGCAGCUUGGAACCUACAAAGGAGAAUUCCUCUAUACUUCCACAUACAUUGCUCUGUGGAGUACCGUCGAGGUUGGUAUUGGCAUUUCGGCCGCGAGUUUGGCCACACUGCGCCCUUUGGUUCAGAAGUUCUUCCCUACUCUGCUUCCCGACUCUCCCAGUGCACCCACAAACUCGAACCUCAAAUGGUCCACCAAGCAAGGCAGAAGAGCACGCAGAAAGGGCGAUCCCAUGGACAGCGCCGAGGCCGGUACACGAAACAAGGGCACCAUGAUCACUACAGUCACCGGCGCGAGACCCGUCUCCGGAAGCCACGACAACGGAAGCCAAGAAAACAUCUUCGCAGGCGGAAAUGAAGACAGGGACAUGGUGCCACUCAAGACUUGGGACCACGGUAUCAGCAAGAGUGUGCAAGUCACGACGACCGAAGAGAGACACGCAUCAAGAUCGAGUGCAUCCAUUGAGAGCAGCAAAGACUACGCAUCAGACGACACAACUUACGUCUACGAGCGUGUCUAA